AUGAAUGAAGAAAAACCUGCAUCUGGAACCAUUGGAAAGGUUGCCUUGAGGUUUAUGUCCGAAUCAUCUUUUACGUACAAGAUAUUUUUUGGCCCUGAUCCAAACAAAGUUCGCCCAAAGGUAUUAUUGCUGCUUGCUGGUUUAGCAGUUGUCAACAUCGUUAUUUGGGUGGUAUCCGUUAUUGUCUUCAAACCAUAUCCUUCCAUGCUCGGAACAGGCACAUUGGCGUAUCUCCUUGGUCUUCGUCAUGCAGUAGAUGCAGAUCACAUUUCUGCUAUUGAUAAUGUCACACGUAAACUACUGAGCAGCGGUCAGCAUCCUGUUUGUGUAGGGCUGUUCUUCUCACUUGGUCACUCAACUGUGGUCUUUAUUACAUCGAUCAUAGUAGCCGCUACUGCCAAUGCAGUGGCAAAGAACGUAGAUGACUUUUCAAGGAUUGGUGGGAUAAUCGGUACAUCGGUUUCAAUCACGUUUCUUGUGUUGAUUGCAAUUUUAAACAUCAUUUGUAUGAUUGGCGUCAUCAAGACGAUGCGACGGGUGAAGAAAGAAGGAAUAUACACGGAGGUUGAUAUUGAAGAGUACCUUACGAAUAAAGGCGUUCUCGGGCGAUUCUUUUACCCUGUAUUCAAGUUUAUCAAUGCUUCAUGGAAAAUGUAUCCCCUAGGCUUUCUCUUUGGUCUCGGCUUUGAUACUGCUUCAGAGAUCACAUUAUUAGGUAUUACAGCUGUACAAGGCGCGAAUGGCAUGUCUAUGUGGCUCAUUAUCUUGCUACCUCUUUUAUUUGCUUCAGGGAUGGCCUUGAUUGACUCUUUAGAUAGCAUGCUGAUGCUAUUCACCUACACUUGGGCUUAUGUGAACCCUGUUAGAAAACUAUUCUACAACUUGACUAUUACGUCCAUCAGUGUUGUAGUAGCCAUUGUUGUUGCCUUGAUUGAAUUAUUUUCAAUGAUCGGGGAACAACUGGAGCUAGACAAUGGAUGGUGGAGAUUUUGGUACUUUUUGUCUGAUAGCUUUGAGUACAUUGGUAUCAUCAUUGUUGGUGCAUUCAUUAUCACUUGGGUUAUCAGUGCUAUCAUUUAUCGCUUUGCAGGCUAUAGGCAGCUUGAAAGAGAAUUUGAUACCUAUGAUCCUGAAAGAAUCCGGAAGACAGCUUUAAGUGAUGAAAGGUUAAAAGUGACUGACGAGAAGGACAAUGUGCCCAAUGCCAUUGAAAUAACCAAAAAAAGUGAUAUCUCUAAAGUUGUUUAG